CAUGGAGCAGGACGGGGUGAACGUGGCGGGCUACACCGCCUGGUCGCUCAUGGACAACUUCGAGUGGAUGGACGGAUACCAGUGAGUACUGACCUCGAGUGUGAGCAGGUGCGGCUGGCCAUGGAGCAGGACGGGGUGAACGUGGUGGGCUACACCGCCUGGUCGCUCAUGGACAACUUCGAGUGGAUGGACGGAUACCAGUCUCGCUUCGGGCUGCACCACGUGGACUUCUCGUCGCCGCAGCGCACGCGCACGGCGCGGCGCUCGGCGCGCUACUACGCGGCCGUCGCGCGCACCAAGGACCUCGACGCAGAAUACCAGUUCGACAACAUGGCCGACGAGGUGUAG